GCGAGAACCAGGCUCAGAAAUGAUAACAGGAGGAGACCGAACGAAAUGUCCUGGCUUGGCUACAGCAAACGGCAGUCUUUCGUGGCAUUUGGUCCGGUACAACUCGUUCGGUACAAAAAUGUUUUUGAUCUUAACUUAAAUCGUCAAUAAAAUCGUGUAAUUUAAGACAUGAAGUUCAAACAGAAAAAGACAAAACCUCGCACCGUAUAACGCAUAAAGUUAACUGUGCUCUCUUCAAGAAUGUACCCUUUGUGUUCUUGUUUGUAUCUACCACCGAACCGCAGCAGGGGCAAUAGCAGGUUAUUGCCUUUCUGUUGACCGUAGAAAGUGAUUACAAUUCUCCUUUUUAACGUUCUAUAACGGCGUGAUAUUAGAAUAAAUAUGCAGUGCAUUUCUUCGUUUAACAACAAAAAAGUCACCAUCAAUGGUACCGCAAGUCACCAAAAGAAAAGAGCGUGGCCUAGUCAAUUAUUGAAGGAAGACCAAAAAUCGAUAUGCAAUUCAUCAAAUGACACGUCGGGGGCUAAAAGAAGAUGCCCCCAGUCGAUUUCGCGUCUACAAGUAGAAAAAAUCGAGGGCGGCCUGAUGGUGGCGGGGGUGGUUGUAGCCGCCAAUUGCCAAAUUAUUUUGCCCAUUUUUGGAUUUCUGUUUCUACUUGUCGGCUGCGUCCUUACAGCUGCGUCAUACAGGGGUCCUGGCGAGCACGAGGAGCCUGAUCAUUAUGCAGAAAGGAUCGCGUUCACAGGAAACAACAGGAUCCUCGGUCCAGCAUGCAUAGUGGUCGGUUUCGUCAUGUUCCUAGGUGGUAUUCUGCUCUGCUUCCUGACGAGGAGGGCUCGACGAAGGGAACAAACCAUCGGCUUCCACUGUCCUCUCCAUGGGGACUUUUAUCCCCUGAGUCCCGUCUCUAGUUCCAAAACCGUAGCUGCUAUCGAAAAUGACCAAAGGUCAUUACUAUGUUGGGCACGGGGACGUGUCCCAAGGGCUGCAGCAGGGGUAGUACCACCCCAAUGCCCCCAUAGUCAAAUAUCUAGCACAAGAAGUUCGGUUGCAAGCUCACCACACAGCCCAUGCCCUACACCUUUACCGUUUUUGGUCACUUCAGGAUCUUCGAGUGGAUUAAUACCCACAACUGUUCAGCUCUCACCAGACCAACCUUUUGGCUCAAUUCGCUCACUAACUGCUGGAAGAGAGGUGGCCAGUUUUCCCCUUUCGAGGACACCAACCCCACCGCUCAACAGUGGUAAAUCCAACGAUAGUCAAUAUUCGGACGAAGAGAAACUGUUCUCUCCAGAUCGUGAUUCGGCGUCGUCAGGUCAUAAAAAUGAUACAAGAAAAUCCGUUUCAAUAAUAUUACCGACCGAAGACAACGGAUGACCACUUACCACAUAAAUUUCGCUCAGCCUGCUACUAUUAUUAAUAUUAAUNUAAUAACAUAA